AUGUUGCCCAUUUUAUUCUGUGCAUUUAUCCUGUCUGCUUGCUGCUUGACCAAAGGGAGCUGCAUCUCCUAUGAUGAGCUGAAAGAGCUGAAGACUGAAUUUGCCAUCAGUCUCUACCGGCAUGUGUCCGAGGCAGAGAACAAAACCAAUCUGGUAAUCUCUCCAGCAAGUGUGGCUGUUUCUUUGGAGCUGCUGCAGUUUGGAGCUCGAGGAAAUACCUUCACAGAGCUGCAAGAUGCCCUAGGAUACAGCAUUCAUGACCAGAGCGUGCAGGAUUUCCCGCCCAUGGUGGAUGAAGGAGGGACUAACUCCAGCCAAGGCACAGUGGUUCAGUUGGGAUGCUCCCUCUCUGUGGACGCAGGCAUCCAGCUCUCACUCGCCUUCGCUGCUCGCGCUGCUCGCUGCRCCAACAGCAGCCUGCAGCAAUCCAACCUCACCAACCCCAACACAACCCACACGCAGGAAUGGAUCCCCACUGACAUGGCAGAUGGGGAUGUGCGUGGGAUGACACUGGAGAGCGCUGGGUCGCCACUCAGCCAGGUCACCCUGGUGAGCACCCUGUACUUCAGAAGCAUGUGGCAAAAGAGGUUUUCCUUUGUGGAUACCCAGAUGUUGCCUUUCACCACAGCAGAGGGCUCAACCCUGAAAGUGCCUACCAUGCAUCACACAGCUGAAGUUAACUACGGCCAGUUCCAGACUGCAGCUCUGGAGGCUUUCAGCGYGGUCGAGUUACCCUACCUGGGGGAGAAACUCAGCAUGUUCCUAGUGCUUCCUAGCCACAAAAGAACACCUCUGUCCCAGAUUGAGUCUCACCUUUCUGCCAAAACCAUAACCCUCUGGGCCAACAGCUUGAAGAGAACAAAGAUGGACAUUUUUCUGCCUAGGUUCAGUAUUCAAAGCCUUUUUGACCUGAAGACAGUUUUUUCUGCCCUGGGAAUUAGAGAUGCAUUUGAUCCCAUGACUGCUAAUUUUAAAGGCAUUUCAGAACAAGAUAACCUUUACAUUUCAGAAGUUAUUCACAAAGCAGAGAUUGAACUGACRGAAGAUGGUACAAAAGCAUCAGGARCUACAGCAAUGGUCUUACUAAAAAGAUCUCGAACGCCUAUUUUCAAAGCAGAUCGACCUUUCACGUUUUUCCUGAGACAAGUUAAUACAGGUUCAGUACUCUUUAUAGGAAGAGUUACAAAUCCUUCAUAACAAGCACUAAAUGCAUACACUGACAGCUGUUCUACCUGUAAUGAGCUUUCCUCCAAGGAAAUUUAAGGCUACAUUGUAUUUAUUUAUUAAAACACUGUUUUAAGUAGUAUCACUUCCCCAAGAAUAAGGGAGCGUUAAAUCCUCCAAUACUUUAUUACACUGUAGACACUGUUGAAACUUAAGAGCGGUUUAGGAAUCAUCAGCACCACAAAUACAGCAAAGACAGUAACCAAACAAACACCUGUGAAAAACAGAUUUAACUUCCUAAAUGUUUAACAAUAUGGGCCAACAGCUACUUCUCAAUUUCAUCAUGGCUAAAGUCAGAUUGAGUGUUGCUGAGUAUGCAGGUCAUCUGAAUGAAAGCAACCCACAAAAAAGUUUUGUGAUAUGUUAUUUUUCAAGCAUGAUUAUAUUUCCCUCUCCUGAAGGCAAAACCUUAAGAGUAAAAUUGAAAUUCAGUCUGACCUCAGACAGUUAUAAUCCAGCUGCUAUAGAAAG